AUGGCGGCCGUGACAGCAAACCCGGAGCUCGUUGACGAGCCUCAGCUUGCGUACGACAGAAAGCAAGACGUUACUGUCAUCUCGAAGGCCAUCUCGGAGGCAGCCUACUCGCAGGAUGAUCUCCCGGUCUUGUCCGGACCGUCCGGCUCUUCGAGCGAUGCCGGUUUCGAUAAAACCACUUGUAUUGUUGGCAUGGCGUGCCACCUUCCCGGCGGAAUCACCUCACCAUCGGGUCUGUGGGACUACCUGUACAACAAGAAGACUGCACAAGGCAAGGUUCCCCUGCAGCGGUACAACAUCGAAGGAUACUAUGGCAAGGACAACACACGUGCGGGUAUGAUGAACGUCGAUGGAGGAUACUUCCUGGACGAAGACGUCCGCAAGUUUGACCCCUCGUUCUUCGGAAUCAACAACCUGGAAGCUUCUUAUAUGGAUCCACAGCAGCGCAAGCUUUUGGAGAUUGUCUACGAGUGUCUGGAAAAUGCUGGAGAGACCAUGAAGGACAUCGCCGGCUCAAACACGGCUGUCUUUGUCGGAAACUUCACAGUCGAUUACAACCUCAUGCAGUCUCGUGACUCCGACUACCUGCACCGUCUGGCGGCUACGGGAAGUGGAACAUCCAUCAUGUCCAACCGCAUCAGCCACGUCUUCGACCUCCACGGUCCCAGCUUCACGCUCGACACUGCCUGCUCCUCGACCAUUUACGCACUGCACCAGGCUGUGACCGCUAUCAAAAAUGGCGAUUGCGAUGCCGCCAUUGUCGCCGGUGCCAACCUGAUCACAUCUCCUGAGCAGCAUUUUGGCACAGCCAAAGGCGGCUUCCUUUCCCCUACUUCGGCUUGCCACACCUUUGAUGUCUCGGCCGACGGUUACGCCCGUGCAGAGGCUCUGAACGCCAUUUAUAUCAAGAGACUAUCCUCGGCCCUGAAGGACAAGAGCAAGAUCCAUGCCGUCAUUCGCGGAACUGCUAUCAACUCGAACGGAAAAACCCCUGGGAUCACCCUGCCGGAUGCUAAGAUGCAGGAGGCCGUCAUAAGGAAGGCAUACGAAAACGCAGGCUUGUCAUUUGACGACACUGACUAUGUCGAGUGCCACGGCACUGGUACCCCCGUUGGUGACCCUAUCGAAGUCAACGGCGUUGCUGCUUGUUUCGGUCGCCGCGAAGGCGAGCCUCUGAGGAUUGGAUCGGUCAAAACCAACAUGGGUCACGGUGAGGCCGCCAGCGGCUUGACAUCGGUGAUCAAAGUCGCCCUCGCCUUUGAGCAUGGCAUCAUCCCACCAACCUACGGUGUGAAGGAGGUCAACCCCAAGCUGAAGCUCAAGGAGCGCAACAUGGUGGUUCAGUGUGAGAAUGAACCGUGGCCGAGGUCCCUGCAGCGUGCCAGUGUCAACUCUUUUGGUUACGGUGGUGCCAAUGGCCACGUCAUUCUCGAGUCUGUCGACAGUUACAUGAAUUCUUCUGCUACUCCUGAAGUGUCGACCACUGAGAGUGUGGCAGACGCGGGCGAGGGACAGUUUCUUGUCCUCCCUUUCUCAGCUUCUUCCGGCAAGUCCCUGGAAGCUCGGCAGAGCCAGGUUAUUGACCUUGUCGAGAGGGCGGCCGAUGGGGAGACAGUUGGUGCCAUCUCAUCUGAGCUGAGCAAGCGCCAGACCGGGCUGAGGCUGCGCAAUUUUGUGCUCGCUUCGGCCGGCUUCAACCCAAGCGUCGUCAAGAUCGCGGACAGUGGCGACAAGGCUGUGCCUGGAGCGAAGCCCUUGCCCCUUGCAUUCGUCUUCACCGGACAGGGUGCACAGUAUGCCACUAUGGGUAAGGAGGCCCUCGAGCAAGACGCCGCAUUCUUGGCAACCAUUCGACAGCUCGAUGCUACACUGGCGUCGCUGCCGACUGAGCACAAGCCCGAUUGGACCUUGGAGCAGACUCUGCGCGAUGGGCCCGCCACGAGCAUGAUCAACCAUGUCACUCGCAGCCAGCCUAUCUGCACCGCUAUCCAGAUUGCGCUGGUCGAUCUCUUGAGAAGCUGGGGAGUCACGCCGUCUGCCGUUAUUGGCCAUUCCUCCGGCGAGAUUGCCGCUUCGUAUGCUGCCGGUCUCCUGACCUCUUCCCAGGCUAUCAAGGCCGCCUAUUAUCGAGGCUUUGCGGUAGGAAAGCUCCAGUCGCGCGGCACCAUGCUAGCUGCGGGUGUGUCCGCUGAUGACGCCAACGCCAUGAUUGAGAAGCUCAGCCUGCCCGAGGUUCGCGUGGCCUGCGUCAACUCCCCAGAGAGUGUCACCAUCAGCGGCUCCACCAGCAGCAUUGAAGCUCUCCUGUCCGAGCUGAGCGACUUGGGCAAGUUUGCCCGCAAGCUUGAGACGGGUGGACGAGCCUACCACUCCCACAUGAUGACCGAGAUUGGUGACCUUUACGAGUCGCUCGUCGCUCCCCACUUCGCCGAGGAGGCUCCGGCUCCCGACCCCGAAGUCCAGAUGUUCUCAACCGUCGGCCACUCGGCUGAAUCUCUCGGGAUUGUCAACCCCGGAACUAGCAUGUCCUCCUACUUCCGUCGGAACCUUGAGCAGCCUGUCCAGUUCAGUGCUGGCCCCAUCCAGCAGAUCCGGUCUGCCGCUAAGAAAGAUAAGGAGUCUGCUCCUUACUCCCCAACACUUGUCCGGAAGGAGAAUUCAUAUGUCUGCCUGAAGAAGCUAGCCGGAACUCUCUACUCCUACGGCCACGACAUUGACUGGUCCACGGUCAACAACAUCUCCAGGUCAAGCAAGACGAUCUCUCCAAGCCUUCCAUCCUACCCGUGGGAUUAUUCCAAUCCACUUCUGUGGCAUGAGCCGCGAGGCAGUGUAGAGCACCGCCUGCGAAAGCACCCUCGCCAUGAACUCAUCGGAACGAGGACCACGGCCGGCAACGGAAUUGAGUACUGUUGGCGCAAUAUCCCCAAGAUGUCUGAGAUGGCUUGGGUCCGUGACCACAAACUUGGAGAGUCCCAGGUUGUUCUCCCGGGUGCUGGCUACAUGGCCAUGGCCAUUGAAGCCCUGUCACAGAUCCUGGAUAUCAAGGACAACCUCAAGGCCGGAGUUUCUUACUCCUUUGAGUUUGAAAAUGUCAACAUCAGCGCUGCAUUUGUUGUGCCUGAUGAGAAGGAUGCUGAAGCAGAGCAGACUGAGAUCCACACCGUCAUGAACCCGCGGAAGAUCUCGACGGCAAACAAGUCCAAGGACUGCAUCCGUGUAGUUGAGUCGACCAUGAAGCCAACAGAUGGUUCAGUUGAGGUGACGCCCAAUGGUUACGAAUGCUGGCCUAUGGGCCGCUGGUACAAGAAGGCAAAGGAGGAGGGCCUCAACUUUGGACCCGAGUUCCAGUCCCUCACCAGCCUGUACACUGAUGGAAACCGCACAGCUACGGACUCCAUCGGCACGACUGUCCUGGACCCCCCGUCAGCCGCUUCUGCGGGCAUGUUCUACGCCAUACACCCGAUUACUAUCGACGCUUGUUUCCAGGCAGCCAUCUUCGGAGGUACAGCCGGUAACGUCAGUGCUCUUCGAGCAUUUGUCCCAGUGUUCCUCACCAGCUGCACCAUCCAGCUACCGAGCGGUGGCGCUGCUGGCCAGAAGAGCGAGGAGAUGAGGAUCCACUCCCGCAUGGAGAAGACUGGUUUUGCCAGCCGCUCUGUCUCCUUUACACUCCGUCUUCCGGAUGGCACCCCUGCUAUUGACAUGCGACACAUGCGCCUCAAUGCCUAUGGAGGAAAGCCGCCCGUGGCAGCGGAGACCAGCAUCUAUCUCCAGCGCCAACCCUGCUUGCGCAUCCAAUGGAAGCCCGAUGUUCUACGUAUUCAGCCGGAGGCCGGAAACGCCCUACGAGAAUACAUUGCUGACUUUUCGGUCAAGCAAGCCGAGGAAAUGCUGGACAACAAUGCUCUCGUCGUUUUCGCAGCCGUGCUUGAUCUCCUUUCCCACAAGGUUCCCCGCAUGGCUGUCCUGGAGAUUGGUCAAGAGAGGCAGUGGUCCGCCAAGGAUGUUCUCUCGAUCCUGGGAAAGGACACCGCGUUCCCCCGAUGCAAAUCCUGGACCGAUAGCACCCUCAACGACGUCGGUGAGAUUGUCCUUGAGGACCCCAAAGCCCCUGAUACAUUUGAUGCUGUCGUCAUCCCUCACUAUUCUGUUUCCAGAAAGGUUUGGAAUGAUAUGCCCCAGGCCCUUGCCGAGAAGGUCUCAGAGAACGGAAUAGUCAUCACCCGCAAGACAGAUGCGGCUGUUACCAGUCUCGACGCUGCCGGGUUUGCCACGAUUGAGCUCCCAAGCGAUACACUACUGGCUAUCCGUGGUCCCAAGAAGACGGGUCUUGAGGACAAAUCCGUCCUCAUCGUCAAGCCAAACAGCUCAUCCUCCUCGAUUGACACUUUGGAGAGUGCUAUCACAACUCACCUUCGCGGGACGGGUAUUUCUCAGGUUUCCAGCAGUACCAUCAGAAACAUCGGGGAGGUUGAUCUCAAUGAGAGUGUUGCGGUUGUGUCUCUACUCGAGAUGGAGCAGGAGUUCCUUGCUACUAUCAGCGCUGAUGACAUGGAUCGCCUCCGUAAGAUCACGGACAAUCCUGCCCUGAGAUACGCGGUCCUGGAUAUCGGUGCGGAUGCCACCAAGCGAAGCCUAAUUGAUACGACAUGCGCCAAUGUAUCAGCUGCACUUGCCUUCCGACACGCCAUCGACGAUAGCGAGUUCAUCCAGAAGGACGGCGUUCUCUACGUGAGCCGCUUUGUCCCGGAUGCGGAGCUUAACUCGCUCUUUAGGCAGCGUAUGGGGACUGAAGAUAUGAGGCUGGUUCCUUUCGGCCAGAUCGGUCCGGCCAGACUGUCUGUUGGCCAGGUUGGUAUGACAGACACCAUUCACUUCCAGCAGAUCGCGGAAAGCCAGACCGCACCCCCAGAGGGGUACGUGGACGUCGACCUCCGCUCUGUGGGCUUGAAUGCAAAGGACAUCUAUGCGAUCAACGGCCGAGCUGAUACGAAGGACUGCACCGUGGCUCUGGAUUUUGGGGGUGUCGUCAAGGAAACAGGCCCCGGAGUAACCCACUUGAAGAAGGGCGACCGUGUUGCUGCGUUCGUGCCCAAUCACUUUGGCACCACGGAACGUGUUAGAGUCGAGACCCUCCACAAGCUUCGUCCUGAGGAGGAUAUGACCGUCAUGCCUACUAUCCUGGGUGUGAAUGUCACUGCUCUGGUCUGCUUGAGAGACCGCGCCCACCUGCGGGCAGGAGAGACUGUCCUGAUCCACUCAGGCGCCGGCGCAUUUGGUCUGGCGGCCAUCAACAUCGCCCAGCUGAUGGGAGCUACGGUAUACACAACGGUUGGAUCUCAAUCGAAGCGCGAUUAUCUCACCAAGGAGAUGGGCGUGCCGGCCGAGAACAUCUUCAACUCCCGCGAUGACUCCUUUGUCGACGGUAUCAUGGCAGCAACCGGUGGCCGUGGUAUUAAUGUCAUCAUCAAUUCUCUUGUUGGGGACCUUAUGCAUGCUUCUUGGUCUUGCAUUUCGCCUUUCGGGCGCUUUGUCGAGAUAGGAAAGCGUGAGUUGAUCGAUGCUGGCAACCUUGACAUGCACAAGUUCCUGCAGGGCUCGACUUUCAGUGCCUUUGACCUCUCUGAAUUCUUCUACGCCGAGGAUCCCCAUUACCAGCAGGUUGUCUAUAACUACACUGCCGAAGUCGUUGAUCUGUACCGGGACGGCAAGAUCAAGGCCUCUCCAAUUGCAACCUUCGAUGUCUCGCAGAUUGGUCAGGCCUACCGUUACUUCAACAACAAGGACAGGAUCGGAAAGGUAGUGAUCUCUAUGGAGAACCCCAAGAGCAAGGUCCCCGUCGCCCCGCCCAUGUACCAGGCCGUCUUUUCACCCGAGAAGUCCUACCUACUUGUGGGCUGCCUGGGAGGUCUCGGUCGCAGUCUCAGCCGCUGGAUGAUGUCGCGCGGUGCUCGGAAGUUCUGCUUCCUUGGCCGCUCCGGGGUCGACAAACCAAGCGCGGCUGAGCUUGUCAACCGUCUCCACGAUGCCGGCGCAGAUGUUACAGUCGUUCGCGGCGAUGUCUCCAGUCCGGAUCACGUCCAGGAAGCGGUGGAAGCAUGUGCCAAGCAGGGACCCAUCGGCGGCGUCGUCCAGGCGGCCAUGGGCCUCAGUGAGGCUCUGUUUACCGUUAUGAGCAACAAGGCAUGGCAUACUGGUAUUCAGCCGAAGUGGAGGGGUUCAUGGAAUCUCAAUCACUCCCUCGAGGGCUACGAUGGAGCUCUGGACUUCUUCCUCAUGACAUCCUCCAUUUCCGGUAGCUGCGGCACUGCCACCGAGAGCAACUACUGCGCUGCCAACAAUUUCCUUGACGGCUUUGCUCGAUGGAGGAGAUCUCAGGGAAAGCCAGCUAUCUCUAUCGGUCUUGGUAUGAUUUCUGAAGUUGGCUACCUUCACGAAAACCCAGAGAUUGAGGCCAUGCUUCUUAGGAAGGGUAUACAGCCCCUCAAUGAGGAGGAGUUUCUCCAGGUUGUCGACUAUGGUCUUUCGGGACCUGGCGGUGACGCUGAAUUUGUCAGCGGCAAGCCCACGACCAGCGAGCAUGCGCAUAUCCUUACUGGUCUUGAGUCAUACGGUGUGCGCAAGCUCAUGGCCCAGGGAUUUGAGGUGAACAAUGGCGUCAUGGAUGAAUCCCGCACAAGUAUCCUGGCAGCUUCUCUCUUGGCAGAGAAAGACGAGCAGGCUGAAGAGAACGGCAACGAUAACGGAUCGCUCGAGUCUGCUGCCAAAUGGUUCAAGGAUCUCCCUGUGGGCGCUGGCCACAUGUUCACGUCCGAAGCCAGCGCACCGACGAUGCUAGAUGCUGCGCUGCGUCUUAUCAAGAAGCGCUUCAGCAACCUGAUCCUGAUGCAGCUGGAUGCCGUUGACGAGAGGGCGCCGCUCCCCUCAUUUGGAGUGGACAGCAUGCUUGCUGCCGAGUUUCGCACCUGGUUCUUCAAUACGUUCCAGGUUGAUAUUCCCUUCCUGGACAUCAUCAGCCCACAAAAGUGUCUGUUCAAUCUUGCAGAGAUUAUUGAGGAGAAAUUGCUGGCGAGCUGGGGAGCUUAA